AUGGGAGGAGUCGUCUCUACCCUAGAUGGGACCACGGGUAUGUUCGCUCUCAUGGCCAACGCUGUCGUCAUGAAUCUACUCCAGUUGGCAGCUUAUGGUGUCAUAACUCCUUUCAGUAGAGAUGCGUUCAGAAGGCUCAACUGGUACAUCUGUUACUUGUCAUGGGCGCCACUGGUAGCCUGGGGAGAGCGUACAACACGUUUGGUCUUGCACGGUAACGCUCAGGACUGGGCUCAGUUGUCACGGGAUAGGGCGUUGGUGUUGUCUAAUCAUAUUGCUGGGAUGGAUUGGCUUAUGAUGUGGGCUGUUACGGAGAGGACGGGAGGCUUACCGGCCUGCAAGCUCUGCUCAAGGUAUACGUCCCCGUACUUGCUGACGAUUUUCGCUGAGGGCACUCGCAAAACUGCAGCCAAGUUGAAGAGGUCGCAGGAAUUCGCCAAGUCGAAGGGCUGGAAGGUCCUUCAGAAUGUACUGCUACCCAAGACUAAGGGUUUCACUGCGAGUGUCAACGCCUUGGGAGACCAGCUGGACAGCGUGUUCGACGUCACGUUGGUCUCCCCUCCGGGACUCGAACCGACUCUAGGUAGCGUACUUCGUGGCAGAUUGGGAGAGCUCCACAUUUUGCUCAACCGCAUACCAUUUGCUAGUAUCCCACGACGUGAUGAAGCUGGAUUGGACGCAUGGCUCAGACAGAGGUGGGCUACCAAGGACGAAAGGAUUAGCGGCUUCUUGUCGAGUGACGCAGUUCAAGAGGAGGAUGCUACCAAGAGGUGCGCUUAUAUUGAACGAUACAUCUAA